AUGAGAGCAGCAUGGGUAGCAUUUGCAGCCGUCAGGGAAGCUACGGACCAGCUGACGGACCAAGAUCUUCGUGCCCAUCUGUUCGACUCGACAGUUCUUCCAGCGCUCUGUUACGCAGCGGAGACGUGGAUAGACACCGCGGCCACGGCCAGGAAGCUACUUACCACCCACAGAGCCCUUGAGAGAUUUCUUCUGAAGUUUAACCGGCGUACACAACACCUAGCCGGUCUUCGCAACUCCGACUUAAGAGGAAUGUCCCGUCUUCGCGACCCAGCGGAAUAUGUAUCGAAAGCAAAACAAUGA